AUGGAAGAAGAUAAAUGUCUUAUUCUCAUUGAAGUUCCUUUAGACAUCACAAUAAAAGAGGUUAGUGAUAUUCUUGAUAAUUGUGGUAAAGUAACUUUAAUAGAAUCAUAUGAGAUUGAUGGAAUGAUUAAAAAAGAUGGAUGUCAAGAUUUAUUAGUUAAGUUUGAAGAAGAUGAAGGAAGAACUAUUGCAAAACAAAUAGGAGGAGUCAAAUAUAAAGAUUGGGUUAUUAAAGUGAAAACUGUAGAAGGAUAUUACCGAUAUAAAAAACAAGAACAAGAUGACUCUGAACUUCAAAAUCAAAUUAAAGAAGGAAUAACUAAUAUCAUCAAUUAUUUCAAAAACCUUACUAAAGAACCUUCAGAAAACCAAGUUAUUGUUGUUGAUUCUAGUGGUCAACAACGGGUAUUUCAGAAAAAGGAAAAACCACUACCUCCUAUUCCUGUUAAUAAUAGACCAUUACCUUCAAUUCCUCAACCAAAAAUAAUACCAACUAAAGAGGAUGAAUUAAACCAAAAAACCAAAGAACAAGAAAUUGACCUACAAGAGAAUCAUGACCAUAUUCAAAAAAUAAAUGAAGAAGAAGUUUGUGAAAGUAACUUAAUAUUAAAGGAUGAAGAAAUUGUUUUAUAA